AUGGCCGAACGUGUCGCUGCAAUGCAGGCGCGGCACACAGCUUACCUGCAAGCACGCCAGGAUCAACGCGAAGAGGAUGAGCGUGAUUAUAUACAGCGUGUGGCGCCAGGCCGGGGAAAGGGGCAGCCGGAAUUGCAGCCUACCCUGUCAGGGCCCGUGCCGAGCGAAGCGGCGCAUGCUGCAGAGGCACUACCCACAGCAGAUGUCACUAUCGGGCACAAACCUUCAGAGACACACCGUCAAGAUACACGCGACAUGGAGGAACUGCAACGCCUCGCUGCUGAAUUACGUACAGGGGAAGAAGAAAAGCUAUGA